AUGGUGAAGGCGAUCUCCCUCAAAGCUCUUGACGCCUUCAGCGGGCACUUAUGGGUAACACUAUCUCAGUUGCAAGCAGCUCCUGUGACCCGGACUGGGGCGUUAGCAAUCGACAUUGAGGCCCAACGCGGCCCCCUGGGGAGCCUGGCCGCUGGGACCCAAUCCCCAAUUGAGAUGGACCAUCCGAAAUACUUGCCGAACCCCAUCUCCUUACAGAAAACGCCUACUCUAACUCUGCUUACACACUGCUGUAACUCAACGAGCCGUUCUACGGCAUCAAGUGACAAACCAAUCCUGAAGAAGAUUUCCUGGGCCCUUGCACAUUACUCAAAUUCGUGUCUGGCUUAUGUGACCUUCAUGGUGGACUGGCGGGAUAUCGGUAAUGGGCCUGAAUAUGAAGCUUGUGGCUGUGUCCUGCCGGGAUGCAUUUGAUGUUCUCGACAGGGGGAUUGUGGUCACCUUUCCAUGGGCUGCUGGGCAGUUAUGAUAGGAGUUACUGUUGCUUCCCAGACAGGCUGUAUAUUUAAAUUGCUUGUUUUUUGGGAUCCAGGGGCAUUUACUCGAUAUGCCUUUCUUUUUCUUUUACUCUUUAGCGUUUACCGUCUCAUGCAAUUCUGUUUAACUUACUUUCUUUACGUAUUAUAAGCUACCUCUGUUCAUCG